AUGAUUAUGUUCCAACCAUACAAGUUCAUUCCUCCAGCCAACAAGUCGGGCAUUGGCUUCCUUGAAGCCGGUAAAAGGCAGGCCUCGGAAGAUGGGGCCGACGCCCAGCCGGGAAUGGAGCAGGCCUCGGUAGAUGGGGCCGACGUCCAGCCGGGAAUGGAGCAGGCCUCGGUGGAUGGGGCCGACGUCCAGCCGGGAAUGGAGAAGUCCAUACUGGCGUCUGGGCAGGGGCUUCACCUGUCUAAAGCUGGAACCUGCCUUCCUGGAUGUCUGCUUCAUGAGGCGAGAGUAGUUCCUGCGAACUAUGGUCAACAUCACACCACCCAGCCGUACUGGAACUUAUUGGCAUGA